GCUCGGGUGCGGGGCGGCGGCCGUACCGGGGACCCGGGCGUGUGCGGGGCCUGCGCCCAUGGCCGGCCGCGGCGGGAGGCUGCUGGGGCUGGCGGCCGCGGCGGCGGCGAUGACAGCGGGGCUGAUCUAUGCCGUGUGGAGCUACGUGUCCUCCCCGCGGGCCGCGGCCCGCUCAGAGGCGCCCCAACUACAUCUGGGGGAGCCUCGGGCUGCUUCUCCUCCGCCAAUGGGGAGGAAAGAGAAGAAAGUCACUCUCGCGGCGGGGGUAAAGGAGGCCGAAAGCAGCAGCUCGGCUAUUCCAUCCCACAAGCAGUCACAGGAAAAAGCACAAAAUAAACAAGUCCUAGUGCUGGGCCUGGAUGGAGCAGGAAAGACCAGUGUCCUCCAUACCUUAGCAACAAAUAAAGUCCAGCAUAGCAUUGCUCCCACCCAGGGCUUCAAUGCAGUGUGCAUCAACAAUGGAGAUAUGCAGAUGGAGUUCCUGGAGAUAGGUGGCAGUGAGCCUUUCCGUUCUUAUUGGAAGAUGUACCUCUCCAAAGUAUUGGUGUUGAUUUUCGUCGUAGACUCGGCAGAUCACAGACGAUUGCCUGAUGCCAAAGAGCAUCUUCAUCGAUUGAUCCAAAAAGAUCCAGCCCUUCCUCUAGUGAUUUUUGCAAACAAACAGGCCAAGGAUCUUGAAGAUGCAUAUUGUAUCACAGAUAUUCAUGAAGCUUUGGGAUUAUCUGAGAUUGGAGAUGACAGAAAGUUGUUCUUAUUUGGAACCCACGUAACCAAGAACGGCUCAGAAAUCCCUUCCAGUAUGCAGGAUGCACGAGAACUUAUUGCCCAGCUGGUUUCGGAUGCCCAGUGACCAGUAUCUCAGUGUCAGUUGGCCUUUAUAACCAGAGAAUGUUGUGUUGCAAGCUUGAAGCCAAAAAGGUUUUUACUUUUAAAUAGAAGACAAACCUUAUUCUAUUUUCUUCACAGCACAUGAAACUUAGAUGACUAAGAUGUUAAUUUAUUUAAAGCAUCGAUUUUAAUUAGAUAUUAAUACUUUUAAUAUAUAUUUAUAUUUUUGAGCUGUGUUUUUAGAAGCCUGGGGUUUUUGUUCAGCAAUAUUAAACUGUACAGGAAAAAAUGGCUAUAGAUACUCUCUUCUCCAAAACAAGAUUGCAUUCACUGUCCAACUUAGAAGAUGGUUUUCAAUUGUUGCCAUGGUCAACAAAUAAGUCACCCAGUGACCGAUCUGGUGAUGCGUUCCUUUUGCGUCGGGUGGGGUGGUAGAAUUUGUCAUUGAACUUGUAGCUUUCCCAGCUUCAACUUUGUCUUCUCUUAGAGAACCUUCAAGAACCCAAAGUCUACCUAAUAAGAUUUUAGUGAAAGCUUUAAAAAAUAUAUCAUAAUUUUGAAAAUCAGAAUAAUUCAUUAAGAGAAGACAGUGCCAAUCAAACUGAAAUAAAAAGAAAUCAAUUGGAAUUUUUAUUUUUUCAACUAACAAGUAAUUUUUUUCUUUCUCUGCUCCCUCUCUCCCAGUUUAAAAGAAAAAGAAAAACAGAACCCUUGUUAUAAAUAUACAUAGAUGGCAAAACAGAUUCCCAACUUGUAUAUGUUCAAAUAUUAAAUGUAGAUUAAUAUUAAACAUAGAAUUCUAGGUUACAGCUUAAAAUUCAAAAGAAAUACUUUUUAAGAUGAAGCUGAACAAUA